AUGCCGGCACUUUCGGCGAGCAGCCAGCGCGGAAUCCCCGUCAAGCAGAUCGCUUCGUCCACUGGCGGGGCCUCGGACAGCAAUGAAGGGGCUACGGGACCCAAACGCGCGCUCCGUCACGCGAUGACAUUAUCGCACUUCCCGUCCAGCCGCAGCUUGAACAAAGUGGCCCCCGAAGACGUGGUGCCACCCCCGCCAUUGACACGGAAGGAGAAGGUGCUGGCGUUUGUCGAGAACAAGUACGUGAGCUCCUUCAUGACGGCCUGUACCAUCUUCACGCUCUUUGGAGACGACUUCCGCGUGAGCUUCUUCCCGAAAAGUGCCGACACGCACGUGUACAACCUCCUGUUCGCGCUCUUCAUCUUCUUCACCAUUGAGCUCGUGCUCAACGUGUACAGCCGACCCAACUACUUCAACCACGGGCGGGGAUUCUCCUUCUACAUGGACUUGAUCUCAACGCUUUCGGUGAUCCCCGAUGUCGAUUGGAUCUGGGUUCAAGUCGUGGGCUCCUCCAGCUCGAGUAGCUCGUCACAGGCUGCUGCACUGAAAGCUGGUCGAGCAUCGCGUGCGGGUACCAAAGCUGGUCGAAUAGUGCGUCUCGUGCGGUUGUUCCGAGUGCUGCGCAUCCUGCGCGUGGUCAAGAAGAACAAGAACGGAGAAUCCAAGAAGGUGCAGAUCUCCGAGCCGUCGAAGAUCGGCAAGGUGUUGACCGAGAAGACCACACGGAGGCUGAUCGUACUAGUGCUUCUUAUUAUUAUCGUAUCACCAAUUAUCGACGGCACUGUGGAUCCGACACAGGAUGAUUUUCAGACUUCGCAGUUCGAGCGACUGCAUCGCUACUCUCAGGACUACAACACGUCUGGAACGAUCUCGAUGGCGCACAUGCAGAGUCUUGUGAGCGAAUAUGUGCGCGAUUCGAACGGGUUGCUAGUCCAGAUGGAGCUCACAGGCGUGGAUAAUACUCUGCUGAAGUCGUGGCUAACGGAGCUCAAGUUUCAGUCGCUUAAUAGUGACGAGAGCGACUGGCAGUUCGGCUCAAACCAAACCUUGACAACCAACCCGAAAACAGGCUGGUCCGCCUCGUAUCUCACGGACGACCCGAGCUCCAAGUACCGCACGACGGAGAUCGCUACUGUGGACAACUUGGGGUGCUUUCUCAACGACAUGUGCGUCGACUGUGACUCGUCCACCGGCACGAGCGAUUGCCACUCGUUCGUGACGUACGACAUUUCGUCCUACACGAAGAACACGGCGAAUUUGAACAUCGGCAAGACGAUCAUCGUCAUGUUUUGCUUUGCCGUGUCCAUCUUCGUGCUCACCAAGGACGCCGAGUCGAUGGUUAUCGGACCUAUCGAGCGCAUGAUGCGGCUGGUUACGCAGCUAGCUCAAAACCCGCUCGGGUCCACCGAGGCCAAGCGCGAGGAGUACGAGGAAGACGCGCCGACCGGCACGGAUUACGAGACCAAGAUGCUGGAGGACACGCUGAGCAAAAUCGGUCGCCUGCUGCAAGUUGGUUUCGGUGCUGCUGGUACGGAGAUUAUCGCCAAAAACAUGGGAGGAGCUGGCGACCUGGACGUGAUGAUUCCGGGUAAGAAGAUCACGUCCGUCUUCGGGUUCGGCAUCAUCGAGCACUUCACCGAGACGUGCAGCAUUCUGGAGGAGGAUGUCAUCACGUACAUCAACACGAUCGCCGAAAUUGUGCACGGCGACGCCAAAGUGUUCCACGGCGCGGCGAAUAAAAACAUUGGCUCGGCGUUCCUGCUCGCGUGGAAGAUUUGCGAUGGAACGCUGCCAGGUAUGCGCGACCCUCGUGACCCUGCUGACAAACCUCGGAUGUUACCCGCUGAGAAGGCGAGAAAGCGCGAAGGGAUUUACGUCAAAAGCACGGGAUCGGGUACUGCAGUUCGACGCAUCGGACCCACGGAGCUCGUGGACAGCGCGCUCACUGCUGUGUUGAAGAUGCGCGUGGACAUUCACAACGCCAACCACCACGGCACGCUGCACAAGUACUGCAACAACACGAAGCUCAUCGCUGCGUUCGACAACUUCGAGGUACAUAUGGGCUUCGGAUUACAUAUCGGCUGGGCCAUUGAAGGCGCCAUCGGCUCGAGAUUCAAGAUCGACGCCUCGUACUUGUCCCCGAACGUCAACAUGGCUGCACGACUCGAAGCCGCCACGGGGCAGUUCGAUGUCCCCAUGUUGAUCUCCGAGUGGUUCGUCGACGAGUUAUCAGCAGAAGCCCGUCGAUUCUGCCGCAAGAUCGACCGCGUCGCUGUCAAAGGUAGCGAGAUCCCCAUGGACUUGUGGACGUUCGACAUCGGACGAUACCCAACGGAGGGUGUACCACCGGAAAUCAGCGCCGACGGGAGGCAAAAGCCUGUCGAGUUCGGCUUCGACCCAAUCUACCCCGCGCUUCAGGAGGGCAUUCCCUCGACCUUCUUCUCCAACUUCCACGAGGGCAUCGGCGCCUACUUCGCCGGCAAGUGGGACGUAGCACGAGCCAAACUUACAGCAGCAAACCAGAUCUGGGAGGACGGCCCCACCAAGGUUGUGCUCAAGGUCAUGGAGACGGAAGGACGGACAGAAGAGGGCGAGUUCGCAGCGCCCACGUGGUGGAAAGGGUACCGGCAGCUCACGGAAAAGUAA